AUGGUUGAACUCCGCAAGCGCAAGGCACCGGCACCUCCCCCGGUCGCUACAAAGAAGUCCAAACCAGCCCCGAAGCCCAAAGAGACCGAUACAAAAACCCAGGCCGUGGCGCAAACUGUGCCUCAACUGGACGAUAUCCUCGACCUAGAGGGCUUCGGUGGCGAGAUUGAGACCAACGACGGCACAAAGACUACUCUGAAGAAACUUGUGGAUGAUAGCACGUCCGGCGUGGUUCUAUUCACCUAUCCUAAAGCCUCGACCCCUGGCUGCACCAAACAAGUCUGCUUGUUCCGCGACAAUCACAAACAUCUCACAUCGACGGGUCUGUCUAUCUACGGUCUUUCGGCCGAUGCCACCAAGGCCAACACCACUUUCAAGACAAAACAGAAUCUACCCUACCCCCUCCUCUGUGACUCCAAUGCCACUCUGAUUGGCGCUAUUGGAUUCAAGAAAAGCCCCAAGGGAACAACCAGAGGCGUCUUUGCAGUGGACAAGACGGGCAAGGUUUUGCUCCGAGAGGCCGGUGGCCCUGACGCCACUGUGGAUGCUAUACAAAAGCUGGUGGCUAAGGGAGCUGCCAAGAAAGACACCCAGGAUGCGGAUGGUAGUGAGACAAAGUAA